AUGCUCUUCGCUGCACCGGCCAGCGUGAGGACUUCUGCGCGGCGGCGAGCAAUGGCUGUCCUGAGACUUGCGAUCUGGCAACACACCGCUGGUGCUAUGGCCUGUCCUUCACAGCGGAUGGCCGGCGCACCGAGCUUGUCUAGCUUGUGCAAGCUUUGUCAACAGUUCUGCAAGUUCCGUAAAGUGCGGAUCGACCCCGUCUCGCUAUCUCGCUCUCACUUCCGCCCUCUGCUUUUUCAUCAGCGAACCUGGGCUUGA